AUGUGCAUUUUUGCCUCCAAAGCUGACCUGUCCUGGGCAGCGUCCCGUGCCUGCUCAUCAUGCGUGCGAGCUGUGGAUGGGAAGGUGGUCUGCAGCCAGUGCGAGCGGGCCCUGUGUGGGCAGUGCAUGCGCACCUGCUGGGGCUGUGGCACUGUGGCCUGUUCCCUGUGUGGCCUUGUAGACUGCAGCGAUGUGUGUGAGAAGACACUUUGCGGCAGCUGCGCCAUGUCCGAUGCCUGAGGCCGUGUGUCAGCGAGGAAGAGGAGCAGCAGCAGCAGCAAG